CCUAGGGUGUCUUCUGCUGCGGAACGAGAAGCGGCAAGCACAUCACUCCUCAGCGGGAACUCGACGACGACGUCGAAACCCACACUGACGAAAACUGCACAAUUUCCAGCACGAAACUAUUUUUCCAAGUGUUGUUGUUGCUCGCUUCUUCUUCUUCUGCUGCCGCCGUUGGUGGCUCUUGAAGGCGAUGAAGCGUUAACUCUCAUGGCCGCCCGGUCUCUCGUGGCCGCCUGAACAUAUCGGGGGGAAACUGUGGAAGGAGAUCCAGCCAGGAGCUGCUGAUCUUUAGUAGUCGAAGAGAAGCGAAGUUCCAGUUCUCUUUCUCUCUCUCUCACUGUGGGGGGGCAUGUACGGUUUUUUCUACAUAUGUCUAGAAAAGAGGAGAGGAGGAAGACACAUCGAGCUGGAGAAUGCUGAGGAGGUCAGUUGUGGAUUGAAGGCAUGGCUAGCGGGCGGAGAUCGCUGCUGGACGAUGAUGAAGGAGACGAGGAGGUUGCCCCCCAGCUGCGAGUGAAUGAAGCGUACGCGAAGCGGUUCGUGCACAACAAGGAACGUGAAGACUUGCACCGGCUUCAGGAGCUGCGCAAGGACGGGCUUGCUCAGGAUUCCGAUGAGUCGUCGUCCGAAGAGGAAGAUGAGGACGGACUUCUGUCCGUGAAAACAGAGGAGAAGAUUUUCGAAACUCUUUCCAAAAUUAAGAAACGCGACCCUAGUAUUUACUCUCAGGAGACUGCGUUUUUUGGAGAUGACGACGAGGAAGAUGAGGAAGAACUUAAAUCCACAGUGAAGAAGCAGAAACCCCAGUAUUUGAAAGAUGUGAUUGCUCGCCAGCUGCUUGACGGUGGCCCAGAGGACGAGGAAGAGUUAGUGGAGAAGCCCAGGCCGAAAAGCUAUCUCACGGAGCAGGAGGAACUGAAGAGAGCUUUUCUGCAAGGUGUGAGAGAAGUCGAAGGAGAGGAAGAUGCUGACGAUCUUCUGAGGGUGAAGAAGAAGACGAAGGAGGAGAUCGACAAGGAGAAGCAAGACACGGAGGAGGCAAUCGCUUGGGCCGAGCAGCGGGCAAAGGACGCCAGCAUUGCCAAGAAACUAGAGGAAUACUUCGGCAGAGACGACGACCUGGAUGAUAACGACAAGUUUCUGAAAGAAUAUCUUUUGAAUAAGGGCUGGGUUGAUCAGGAUCAAAAGACGAGUAGGUUUCCGAGCUAUGGCGAGGACACGGAAUUGUUAAGCGAAGAUGAGGACGAAUUGGAAAAGCAGGAGGAGUACGAGGCGGACUACAAUUUCCGCUACGAGCAAGGGGAUAACACGUACGUGAAGGGACAUUCCAGGAUUAUAGACGAUUCUGUGCGAAAGAAGUCGGAAACCAGGAAGAAGCAGAGAGAGAACAAGAAGCUUCGUCAGUCUGAAGAGGAGCGAGCUCGGCAGGAUGAACUGAAGCGACUGAAGAACGUGAAGAAGAAAGAGAUUUUGGAGAAAUUGGCCAAAAUCAGGACCGUCGCAGGCGUUAGCGAAAAGUCUGGAGCCGAAGUCCUGGAUGAAGAUGACUUGGAGGAAGAUUUUGAUCCCGAAGAGUACGAUAAGAAGAUGAAGGAAGCGUUUGGUGAAGAGUACUAUGGGGCCGAUGAUCCUGAUUUCGCUUCGGAUGACGGAGAGGAAUUAGAAAAACCGGACUUCGACGCAGAAGAUGAACUGCUGGGAAUAGCGCCGGAAGCAGGUAUCAAAGGAGCAGGUUUCGCAGCCACCAAAGAAAAGCUGGACAAAAAGGUUAAGGUUCCAUUCGAAGAGAAGGUGAUGAUUGAUAGGCAUCUCGAGGAAUACUACAAACUUGAUUACGAGGAUGUGAUCGGUGAUUUGCCGACUAGGUUUAAGUAUACCCAAGUGAAGCCGAACAAGUAUGGCAUGAAAACCAAGGAUAUCUUAGCUGUCGAUGACGCAGAACUCAAUCAGUUUGUUUCUUUGAAAAAACUAGCCCCUUACACCACACAGGAGUGGAAACCUAAGCGGCCUUUUCCCCGGUUAAGCAAGAAAGGCAGACAAAAAAAGGCCUUGAAGUCUGAUGACGGUGUUGAGAGGGUUGACAAAGAGCACGGAAACUCCGCUGAUGAUGCCGAUGGAGACGCAGAGCAGAACGAUCAUCAACCUGACAGGGCAGGUACCACUGGCAGUGAUUUGGAUGCCGCGGAUGAAGGCGUCUCGGGUGUGGAUGAUGAAGGUGAACCUAGUAAAGGGAAUGGGGAAGCAAACGGCGUCAAGAAGAAGAGGAAGAGGAAGAAAUCGAAUACACCUCUUCCUCAGUCUAGAAUGCUGACGUACGCACCACCAACGAAGAAGAAGAAGGUUAAGAGGUGACAUUUAGAUGCAGUUAGCUAGUAGUAUGUAGAUUCUAUUGAAAGCAGAGUUGAUCCUAUAAUUUGGAGAAAUGCACGAGAAAUUUUUGCGAGUUCCACUUGAAUGCGAUGAAAUUCGCCUGCGAUGAAAUUCCACUUUGAAUGAGUUUUCCCGUCUCUGACAGACUCCUUGUAGAAAAGUUCAUUGUAUGUGACAAGGUACUCUACGUUGGUUGGCAAUUCAAAGGCCCUGUGUGCCUACCCAAUGUUGUAGAAUUCGGCCUUUCGGCAUUUGACCCUACUCCUGCACAGUAGUUGAACGCGAAAAAGCUUUGAUUCUGGUCAGGCGACCAACAGCUAUCACGGAUUUUACGUGCACUGAGCUCCACUAGGUACACUGAGAUAUGCAGUCCAUCUACACCUCUGGGUAUGAUGUGGGGCAGUGGCCUUGCAGCAAACUGUAUGCAAACUGGUCGUUGAGACACUGCACGUUAGCAAACUGGUCGUUAAGACAUCUGAGCCCCCCUCCAAUAAAGAGGCGGAAGUUGUAGCUGUGGAAUCUGAGUUUAGCAAAGGUGUGUUCUAUGCAUCAAGAGUUGGAAAGGAUGCUCAUGUAGGUGUUCUUGCGGGACUCAGAAGCACAACUAUCUGUAAGUUAGAUGUAGAUGGUAUCUCAAUUUUUGAGACAUUAUAUCCUGUGAAUUUCUUGUCUCCAUAUGCUGUCCAGCCGUGCAAAUCCGCAGACCAGCUGACGUGCAU